UCGAUAUCUCAAAGCAAAACUGCAGAACCCUAAUAAUGUGGCCAACAAAAGCCAAGGUAAGCCCUACGAAGUAUAACAGAAUUCCUAAACAAUGCUAAGCUAUAGCAGAAGCUUACUGUCUCGAACCAUCAAAAGAAAAACCAAGAACAAAACCAAAACCAAACUGAAAACAAAAAGAAAUGUCUCUAGAAAACAAGAUUCCAUUGCUACAAACACAAAUCUUGAACAUAAUGAAGAAGAAGGAUUCAACCUCAAAUCCUCAGCUCCAUCACAUUCUCAUGGUGUUCAGCCUUUGGGAAACCUUUACUUCAACCCAGGCUCAAUAAACUCUCGAAACACUGGCUUAGGUAAUCUCCAGAUCCUGUCUGAUGAACUUGUUCUUGAAAUUUUAGGCCUUUUGGAAGGAACCCAUUUAGGUGUGUUAGCUACUGUUAGCAAAUCUUUUUAUGUUUUCACUAGCCAUGAGCCCCUUUGGAGGAAUCUUGUAUUGGAUAAUGUAGAAGGACGAUUUUUGUAUAAUCGAUCAUGGAAAGUUACUUACAUAUCUACAUUUUAUCCUUCAUUUGAUGUUUCAAGGAGUAGCCGUUUUUCGGGUUUGAGAGUAAGGGACUUCUAUUCCGACUAUUUGUUUCAGAGUUGGUUAUGUGCUAAUCUUGAAAUGAAACCUGAAUGGCUUGAAAGAGAUAAUAUAAUUCGAAAAAGAGGGAUUAGUGUAGAUGAUUUUGUGACGGACUUCGAAGAACCCAAUAAGCCGGUUUUGUUGGAAGGCUGUAUGGAUAAUUGGGAUGCAUUGGGAAAGUGGGAUAGAGAUUAUUUGGUUGAUUUAUGUGGGGAUGCUCAGUUUGCAGUUGGACCGGUGAAGAUGAGGCUAGAGGAUUAUUUUAGUUAUUCAGACCAGGUAAAAGAAGAGAGGCCAUUGUACUUGUUUGAUCCUAAAUUCGCGGAAAAAAAUCCGACCUUAGGUUCAGAGUACGAAGUUCCGGUGUACUUCAGAGAGGAUUUGUUUAGUGUUUUGGGCAAUGAGAGACCAGAUUAUAGGUGGAUUAUUAUUGGACCAGCCGGGUCUGGUUCAUCCUUCCAUAUUGAUCCUAAUUCAACAUCUGCCUGGAAUGCGGUGAUUAGAGGGUCUAAGAAAUGGGUUUUAUUCCCUCCUGAUGUGGUUCCACCAGGCGUGCACCCGAGCCCGGAUGGAGCAGAAGUGGCAUGUCCUGUUUCGAUAAUUGAGUGGUUCAUGAACUUUUAUGGUGCAACAAAGGAUUGGAAAAAGAGACCUAUUGAGUGUAUUUGUAAGGCUGGAGAAGUGAUCUUUGUUCCAAAUGGAUGGUGGCAUCUAGUGAUUAACCUUGAAGAAUCUGUUGCCAUUACGCAGAACUAUGUUAGCAGAAGAAACUUGUUAAAUGUUCUCGAUUUUCUUAAGAAGCCGAAUGCUAGUGAGCUUGUUUCUGGAACAAGAGACAGAAUAAACUUGCAUGAAAAGUUUAAGAAUGCAAUAGAGGCUUCUUUCCCUGGAACAAUUGAUGCACUGAGUCUGAAAGCAGAGCAGAAAAAAACUUCUUUCUGGGAUUCUGUAACUGAUUCCAAGGUUGGUGCUUUCAAGUUCUCUUUCAACUGACACAUUCGUCGGCAUUGGCGAGACCGGCCAUCGGAGAACAAUUAAAAGUUAACACACCCAACACCUCUUUCUAUUGCCAUUUGUAUCAUUAUACUGGUGGAAAGUCAUUCUUGCCUCCAUGCUUUCUUGAAAGAGUAUUAUUGACUAGCUUACAACAAUUUUAACAGUGAAGAUAAUGUUUUAUGCUGGUUAUAUUGAUGGAUCUUUUUAGUUUCUCUUA